AUGGCAGAUCCCAGCGAAGGCCCCCGCGCGGGGCCUGGGGAGGUAGCCGAGCCCCCCGGGGAUGAGAGUGGCAUCCCCGGCGGGGAGGCCUUCCCCCUCUCUUCGCUGGCCAACCUGUUCGAGGGGGAGGACAGCUCACCGUCGCCCUGUCCGGCUGAUAGUGGUCGCCCCGCUGGCCCAGGCGAUGGGCGACCAAACCUGCGCAUGAAGUUCCAGGGCGCCUUUCGCAAGGGGGUGCCCAACCCCAUCGACCUGCUGGAGUCCACCUUGUAUGAGUCCUCAGUGGUGCCUGGGCCCAAGAAGGCGCCCAUGGACUCGCUCUUUGACUAUGGCACCUAUCGUCAGCACCCCAGUGACAACAAGAGGUGGAGGAGGAAGGUCAUAGAGAAGCAGCCACCGAGCCCCAAAGCUCCCACGCCCCAGCCACCUCCCAUACUCAAAGUCUUCAACCGGCCUAUCCUCUUUGACGUCGUGUCUCGGGGUUCCACCGCUGACCUGGACGGGCUGCUCCCCUUCCUGCUGACCCACAAGAAGCGGCUGACUGACGAGGAGUUCCGGGAGCCAUCCACGGGGAAGACCUGCCUGCCCAAAGCCCUGCUGAAUCUGAGCAAUGGCCGCAACGACACGAUCCCUGUGCUUCUGGACAUCGCUGAGCGCACGGGCAACAUGCGCGAAUUCAUCAACUCACCCUUCCGGGACAUCUACUACCGAGGCCAGACCGCCCUGCACAUCGCCAUCGAGCGCCGCUGCAAACACUACGUGGAGCUCCUGGUGGCCCAAGGUGCCGAUGUUCACGCCCAGGCCCGGGGACGCUUCUUCCAGCCCAAGGAUGAGGGAGGCUACUUCUACUUUGGUGAGCUGCCCCUGUCGCUGGCGGCCUGCACCAACCAGCCCCACAUCGUCAACUACCUGACAGAGAACCCGCACAAGAAGGCGGACAUGCGGCGCCAGGACUCCCGUGGCAACACAGUGCUGCACGCGCUGGUGGCCAUCGCUGACAACACUCGUGAGAACACCAAGUUCGUCACCAAGAUGUACGACCUGCUGCUGCUCAAGUGUGCCCGCCUCUUCCCCGACAGCAACCUGGAGGCCGUGCUCAACAAUGACGGCCUCUCGCCCCUCAUGAUGGCCGCCAAGACGGGCAAGAUUGGGAUCUUUCAGCACAUCAUCCGUCGGGAGGUGACAGACGAGGACACCAGGCAUCUGUCCCGCAAGUUCAAGGACUGGGCCUAUGGGCCAGUGUAUUCCUCACUCUAUGACCUCUCCUCCCUGGACACGUGUGGGGAAGAGGCCUCUGUGCUGGAGAUCCUGGUGUACAACAGCAAGAUCGAGAAUCGCCACGAGAUGCUGGCCGUGGAACCCAUCAAUGAACUACUUCGGGACAAGUGGCGAAAGUUUGGUGCCGUUUCCUUCUACAUCAACGUGGCCUCCUACCUGUGCGCCAUGGUCAUCUUUACCCUCACCGCCUACUACCAGCCGCUGGAGGGCACUCCGCCAUACCCUUACCUCACCACGGUGGACUACCUGAGGCUGGCCGGCGAGAUCAUCACGCUCUUCACCGGGGUCCUGUUCUUUUUCACCAACAUCAAAGACUUGUUCAUGAAGAAAUGCCCUGGAGUGAAUUCUCUCUUCAUCGAUGGCUCCUUCCAACUACUCUACUUCAUCUACUCUGUGUUGGUGAUUGUCUCGGCGGCCCUCUACCUGGCGGGGAUUGAGGCCUACCUGGCUGUCAUGGUCUUCGCCUUGGUCCUGGGCUGGAUGAACGCCCUUUACUUCACCCGUGGGCUGAAGCUGACAGGGACCUAUAGCAUCAUGAUCCAGAAGAUCCUCUUCAAAGAUCUUUUCCGCUUCCUGCUGGUCUACUUGCUCUUCAUGAUUGGCUACGCUUCAGCCCUGGUCUCCCUCCUGAACCCGUGUGCCAACAUGAAGAUCUGCAGCGAGGACCACACCAACUGCACCGUGCCCACGUACCCCUCGUGCCGCGACAGCGAGACCUUCAGCACCUUCCUCCUGGACCUCUUCAAGCUGACCAUCGGCAUGGGCGACCUGGAGAUGCUGAGCAGCACCAAGUACCCUGCAGUCUUCAUCAUCCUGCUCGUCACGUACAUCAUCCUCACAUUCGUGCUGCUCCUCAACAUGCUCAUCGCCCUCAUGGGGGAGACGGUGGGCCAGGUGUCCAAGGAGAGCAAGCACAUCUGGAAGCUGCAGUGGGCCACCACCAUCCUGGACAUCGAGCGCUCCUUCCCUGUGUUCCUGAGGAAGGCCUUCCGCUCCGGCGAGAUGGUGACCGUGGGCAAGAGCUCAGACGGCACUCCAGACCGCAGGUGGUGCUUCAGGGUGGACGAGGUAAACUGGUCUCACUGGAACCAGAAUUUGGGCAUCAUUAACGAGGACCCUGGCAAGAAUGAGAACUACCAGUAUUACGGCUUCUCGCACACCGUGGGCCGCCUCCGGAGGGAUCGCUGGUCCUCGGUGGUGCCCCGCGUGGUGGAGCUGAACAAGAACUCGAACCCGGACGAGGUGGUGGUGCCUCUGGACAACGUGGGGAACCCCAGCUGUGACGGCCACCAGCAGAGUUAUCCCCCCAGGUGGAGGACUGACGACGCCCCCCUCUAG